CCGAGUCGUUAUUGAUUUUUUGAGUCAUUUUCUAGAAAGUCCACCGUUAUGCCGUCCUACGUUGUCACUGGUGCUGCGCGAGGCAUAGGGUUCGGAUUUCUUAAGAAACUAAGCGAGGAUCCAAACAACACCGUGUUUGGUUUGGUUCGCAAGCUUUCUACCUCUACCGAUGCCAAGGAGCUGGCAUCUAAACGCCCGAAUGUGCAUAUUCUUCAAGCUGAUAUUGUUGAUGACAAGGCGCUAGCGGCCGCAGCAGAAGAAGUUGCAAAGGUCACGGGUGGAUCUCUGGACGUCUUGAUCAACAAUGCAGGUGUGCAGGACCUCGGUUACCUCAAUGCUGAUAUCGAUGGCUUCCCCAAUUUUGAGACUUUGAAGAAGGACCUUUUCGCCACUCUCGAGGUCAACGUCUAUGGCGUGAUGAUUACUAUCCUUACGUUCAUCCCUCUUCUCAAGAAGAGCUCUAUCAAGAAGGUGGUGACUUUGUCGUCGGCUAUGUGCGACCUGGAUUUCAUCAACGGCACCGGCAUGACCACAUCUGUGUCCUACUCCAUUUCCAAGGGAGCGGUGAACGUGGCGAUGGCGAAAUUCGCCGCCAAGUUCAAGGACGACGGCAUCAUUUUCCUCUCGAUCUGCCCAGGCUUGACGAGCACGGGUGCGACGAGUGCGGAGAGCUUGACUCCGGAGGAGUGGGCCGUCAUCAAGAAGCAAAUUGCUUGCGCUCAGAAGCUCUACCCGCACUUCCAGCAGCCCCAUUCCGUCGAGUACUCAAUCGACAAGCAGCUGGAGGUUAUCAACUCCUGGACCCUCGACAAGUCCGGAGGAUAUGUCUCUCACAAAGGUAACAAGGAGUGGCUGUAGAUGCUUGUUAGCCACGUAUCCUGUGGACGUGUCGUGUAGAGGUGCAUCCAUAAUGUAAUACUAUCCUGAGU